CCUGUUACUGUAGGAUGUUAUCAUAAUCAUCAUCUUUCAUUCUGCACUUCCUAUCCUUCUAAACCGAGAAAAUGGAGGGAAUAAACGUGUUUAUGAUGGAUCCAACAUAUGUAGAUCUUGAUGUAUUUGCAUUAUGGCUCAAAGGAUUUAGUGAACUUGAAGCCAGCAAGCUAAGAGAGAAUGAUGAAUCCCUAAUAAAGUAUUCUGCGAGUCAUUCAGUAAUCUUUAACGAUACUAAAGAUCAUUAUCGCCUGUUCGACAUGCUGGCACACUUCUUACAGAACCCUCUUAUGCUGGGGAAACAAUUGUUGGUUCAAAUAUCACCUGAUACUCAAGACAUGCUCAUUCAAAGAUAUUAUAGUUUUGACAAGGAGGUCAUGCGGGAAAUUCUUGGUAAGAAAUUGACAGGGAGGCAAAGGAAAGACUUGGACGAUGUCUGUGAGAAGACAAAAGUUUAUCUUAAGAGUUGCCGAAGACAGUUUGACAAUGUCAAGAAUGUGUUCAGGACAAUUGAAGAUAGUGAAAAUGGGAAUUUGGUAGAAAUCAUCAAGAAGAACUUCCUUCUGUCUGAUGAAUUAGCAAGACAAUAUGCAAGUAUAGUCUUUAUGGCAGUACACAGAUUUGAGAUAAGUAAAAAAAGGCUGUUGUACUUAACAUUUGAUGACUUGGCCUACUGUUCAGAACAGAUAAUUGAAAACUGGACAGUAGGCACAGAUGAAAGUGGUACAGGUCAAGAUGUUGGAGAAACAGGGGUUGAAUUUGACCGUUCAUUUCUACAAGAUCUGCGCGACCUCAAAGUGUUUGUCAACGAUAAAGAUAUUGUAGAAGAACAUAGAAGUCUUGUCUGUGAAGAGAUUCUUAAGAAAGGCUAUUCGAAACUUUCAACGACAGUUGAGUCAAACUUUAAAAGUUUUUGCCGUGCAUUACUCAACAUUGCUGCAAGCUUAAUCCACAGUAGAGACUUGAAAGACAUUUUUAAUGACUUUGUUGAAAAGUUUAUAGAACCUUGCAAGGCUAUUGAAUGGCAGGAGAAUGACGUAGACGAAUUCUUGACCACUUUGAUCAGCACUUGUAGCAAACUGGAAUCACUCAACAAAAAUGAUGCAAAAAGACUAUUGCCAGUAUACAUCAGGUACUUUAGUGUCAGUCAAAGAUGCAUCACUCGUAUGUACCAUUCAUAAUCCUUCUGUUGGUAACCCUGUUGUGCGUGCCCGUCUGGGUCACGUGACUAAAUGAAGAUGGCACAAAUGGAAAUAGAUAUGAAAAAAUAGAGAGAAAGAAUGAACGCAUGGUGAUUUUCACCCUGUAUUGGUCUUUUAACAUCUCACAAGCGAAUGUAAAGAGGGUACGUCAGAAAUGGGAUAAGAAAUGGAAAGUAGAAUAAUGAAUGGGAAAUACAGAAUGGGAAAACAAAAUGACAAGCAAGACAACCAAUGUAUCCUACCGUUCUGCAAAGAAUUACGUAACAUUUCCAUAAUGGCUUGAGCCAAAACCUGUCGAAUACAUGAAGAUUUUUGAAACACCUGUUAUAUCCCCAGGAUAUACAAACUGCCAUUAAGACCUGUAAAGAGCCUCAAAUGUUUUCCUAUUUUCUCCUGGAAAAGAGAGGAGUUUGAAAUUUUGGACACAAUCCAAAUAUGUUGUACAAAAGGGAAUAACUUGAUAAAAAAUAUAAAGAAAGUAAUAUAAUAACAAAAUAUGACGUAAAUAUCUAACUUAUUCAAUGGCGUCCAGGGUCUUCGGUAGAGGCUAUUUCGCGAGACUCAAAACGACAUCCCGAAAAUGACGUCACCUUCGUGUUCCCGACGGAAUGAUUGUCUCGAUAGUGAAGCUACCGGAAAUCAUGCCGUGUUGAAGUCGUGUUGAAUCCGUUUGUUGAGUGUUUGAACGUGUAAAUCGUGAUUAAUUUUUAAAUAGAAAUAAGAAUCUCUCAAUAACGUCGUACCUUAUGUUAUUAAAAUCGUUUUAUAGCCAUUAAUUGAAAGAAGAAACAAUGUCAGCCUGAUUCACGCGAAGUAAUGUAAACAAACUUAUGAACACUAUUUCGCGUGAAGGAAAUUGACAACCG